AUGGCUAUGACACUGGAUAAGUUCACCCGCUCGCUGGAUGCCAAGUCUCUCCCUAGAGUACUGCAGAUACAAUCUGGAUAUUAUUUCCAAGGUAAGACUGAAGACAUCAUUAGCCCUAACUUUACUCCUUACUCACUGGACUGGAAUUUUGGAAUAAAUAAUGAUGUAAUGUGAAUGUAAGGAGUUCAGAUUAACGGCUCACAGUUAUGAAGUAUUUUAACAUACAAAUGAUAUGAACAAAAGGUAUUUCACAAUACAAAAUUCAACAUAAAACUGAUAACGUGAUUAUUACUGGAGCUUUGAAAAAAUAUUGUAUGGUAACACUUUGUAAUAACGUUCAUGAAUAAGCCUUUAUAAAUGCUUAUAACUUUAUAUACAUUAAUUAUUCAUGAUAGUUAUUAUUUAGUGUUACUGCCCUUUACUUCUAUUCUUACUUGGAUCCAUUACUCCACAAGGAGAAUAGACCAUCGACUGUUCUUAGAUCCAUUCAGUGCCACUACAAUAGAUCCAUUUAAAUGACUUUUUACCAGGUUCUGUGUAUGAGCUGUAUGGAGGAGAGUGGAGUUUCUCCUACGGAGAGCUCCUGAAGAUCAUUGGGAUCAAUAUCACCAGACUCAUUGUGGAGCUUCAGUCUGAGGGAUCCAAAUCCAUGAUAGUCAAUCUAUCGCUCGACUACCCAGGUGGGCCCGAAACAUCCAAACUGUACCUUGAAUAUGAAAUCUCAUUUUUUUGUGGUCAAUUGUUUUCCUUUAUAAAGCGUUGUAAUGUGCAUUGAUAUAUUCAGAUUUUAAUUUCUUAAUAAAUGCCUUAAUUCUUGGCCUUUACCAUGUAUUGCAGUUUACAGUAUACAUGUAAAUGUCCAAAUCUCUCUCUCGGGUUAGAAAGGGACCUUAUCAACAUGUGAUUUUAUGCAUUGUACCAAUAAAUAUAAUUUCAUAUAUUGCUUUGCCUGCCUGUAUUGUCAGGCCUUUUCAGGAUUGUGGCCGACAAGAGGCCAUACGCCAGUAUACAGGAGAUUGUUGACUCUGUGCGUAUCGGCCCUGAAUGCCUGGGCCACCCAGAGUUCCACUGCCCUGAGGAGCUACAGCUGGCUGAGGGGACCAUCCAGGCAGAGGAGAGCUUCAGACUCACUGCUCUGAGGACAGAGCACGAAGACAGCCAUGUUGACUGUGAGGUCACGCGGAAAGACUCCAAGCACAUCUUCACUGUGAAGCUCUCACACACUGGGGAGUUCUAUGAGUGUGCCGACGACCAGUUCUAUACCCUCAGGGAGCUGGUGGAAUGGAAAAUACCCAAAGGAAGGAAAAGGACAGUGACAUGGGCCAAGUCUUUGCCGUCAAAGGAGAAGUGUGUGUCUGAGUUGCCAGAGGACUACAGUGGAGAGUUGGUUCUCACACCUGUCUACGAGCUUCAGACGGUAUCCAAGUGUGAGUCUCAAACGGACCAUUCAUAUUUUCACUUUACAUCAAAGUUAUGUGGAAUAAAAAAGGCUUUAAAUGUCUUUUUCAUGUUAUAAUUGAUUUUUUCUCAUCUAAAUGUUUGUUUUCAAGUUAAAGGGAACACACUGCAAUAGUGACAACUAAUGUACAUGAAAGCUACACUGGUCUUAGCUUGUUUCAGAAGCACAGACACGAAAGUAGUCGAUAUUUUGAUGUGUAGUCAUCAUGCUGUUCAGGCAAUCACAAUGCAUUUCUACUUUUUAGAAAAAGCACAAAAUGAAACUUUAUUCAAAGCUGCAGUUAAACAGAUUUACUAAUGUCAAACCUUUAGAGAUCAAUUCAAUGACUUAAACAAUAUUUAUAUAUACUGCAUUAUGUAUUUCUUUUUGGAAAAACAUUUUAAUUAGGAAUCUUGUUGAAUCAUUUCUUACAGAAAAGUAGCUGAUCAUUGCUUGUGCUUGCAUACUUAACAGAAAUAAUCACAUUUUUGUUCACAGUUGGGAAGAAUGUUGUUUUCAUCCCAUCCACCCUUGAUGUUGAGGUCUUGGACGUUACAGAGGAGUGUGAUGGUGACUGUUUUAUGCAGCCUUUGUCCUUCCGUGAUGUCUUUGCCAAGCCCAGCGAGUUCUUCCCCUUCAGAGCAGAAAUAAUCGAGCCACCAUCACAAGUUCAGGAGGAAUUGGGUUUCCUGAAAUCCUCUAAGCAGGUCAUUGUCCACAGUGCCUACCAGGCAAAGAGAAUCCUAGCGUCUGAGAUUCGCAGCGAGGCCCAGAGACGCUUCCUCAUCCCAGUGUCUUACAAUGGCAGGUUCAAGCGCAGGCCCCGGACAUUUCCCACAGCGUAUGACCUGGAGGUGGCCAAGAGUGACAUGGAGCAGCUGCACGUAGUGGCCACCAAGGCCUUUGAGACCCACUACGAGGGGCUGUCCUCGGUGCUGGUGGGAGACCAGUACCUGGUCCACAAGAGGGAGACUAGCGAGGUGAUCUACGGAGGCAAGAGGAAGACUGUGGAGGCCCUGGCCUGUGAGAAGAUUGUGGGGAAGAAGUACGAGGCCGUGUUGAUCCCCAUGUGUCUGGACGGGGGCUUUGUCGAGGUGGUCCACGACAAGAAGCAGUACAUGCUCUCAGAGGUCUGCCAAAGGUUCGCCCUGCCCUUCAAUGUCAAGGUGUCCAUGAGGGACCUCUCAGUGAAGGAGGACCUCCUGGCUGGGGCCACGGGGCUGCAGCUGGAGGAGGAGAUCACUGACCCCUUCCUUAUUGUUUCCACCCCGGACCUUGCCCAGUGUUGGGAGGUGCCUGUCAACCGCACCAACAUGGCCCUGCAGCUUCUGGAGCGGUGGAACGGCCCAAAGCUGACCCAGGGCAAGGCCGUCCCCUCAGCUGUAGAGGAAAUAGGAGAGGACUGCUACUUCACCCUGAGGAGGUAUGUCAAUACCAGCGUGCUGCCUCCCCCUCGACCACCCAAGAGACCACAAAAGCACUCAGAAGAUACAGUGAAACUGCCACCUCCGAGGCCAAAGAAGCCGGUUCCCCCCUCUCCAAAGGUGAGCUGAUCAGCCAUGAUAUUUGAUGCCUUAAUAAACAAUAAAAUAACAACAACAACAAUAGCUAUCAGUAUGUAUUUGAAUGUUAUAGUUAAAGUUAUAUUCAAUUCAUUACAGUACCAAUUGUUUGUGUGGUCUGUGUUAUUAUAUUGAAGAGCCCACAUACAGCCAAACCAGCAGUGUCUACCUCCAGAUCGUCUAUCUGUGUAGAACAGAACACCACUCCACCAAGAAAGGAAACUUCCAACACAAGUCUGAUCACAAUGCCUGAUCCAGGCCCACAAAAAGGUUUGUCUAUGUUUCUAUUUCUAUAUCAGAAUACUUUUGUUGAAUAUUCAACAUGCAUUGAGGGAUAGUGGUAUGCAGCAUUGCAGCAGACUCAUUUUGCUACUUAACUUAAUUAUCAGCUGUCGGUAUAAAUACUUUCUGGAUUUUGGAAAGCAACCUAUAACUAAUAUUAAUCUCUAUGUCAAAAGCUUGACUUUGAUUCUCAUGCCAUGUUGUGUUUGUGUUCUCUCCUCAGUCAUCGGUGAAGAAAACAGUCCUCAGCACAAGACAAUUAAACAGGAUGAUGAUGACACUCAUGAUUAUGAAUACAUUGAUGAGGAUGAACUUGACAUUAUCAGGAGAAAAUUGAAUGACCAAAGUAUUCAAGGCACAGACAAUAGGAAAACAAGAAACACAUAUGCCAUGCAGACUGCAAAACAGGUUUAG